AUGGCACUCUUAGCCCUUUUGUUCUGGGCGUAUGCCUUGGUCUUUGUCAAAGCCUCCCCGGUUAAUAAUGGUGAUGAAUCGCUGGCGAGAAUCCUCAAUACUUUCCAAAUAAUGGAUGAUAAGGACGUUAUCAAUGCAAUUUCGCAAGCUCUAAAGGAAGCGUCUGCCUCGAAUGACACUUGCGGCGCUUGCGUUGGCAGGCUCGCCAUCGGUAAGUCCCUCUCUUUGGUUAGACCUGACUUGGUGCCUGCAACUUUUGAAAAAUGGUGUAAUGAUAACAAAUAUGCCUCAAAGGCUACUUGUGCCACUAACUAUCACAGAAACACACUUGAUGCGAGUACUACAGGUAGUAACUUCGCUGAUAUGUUGCAAUUGAUGGACCCUUACGGGUAUGAUGGUCAACUGUACUGUCAUUACAAGGACAACGCUGCUUGUCCAAAGCCAAAAACACCAAAUGUGACCAUGUCUCAUUUGUGGCCUGAGAAGCAAGCUAAGCACAUGUUGGCACCUAGUUCAAACGGCAGUGAAACUUUCAAUGUUUUGCAUGUCUCUGACUUUCACAUUGAGCUGGACUACACGGUUGGCGCUGAAGUCAAUUGUUCCACUUCAAUGUGCUGUACGCCCCACUCGAUCAACACUAAGAGCAACGUAUCUAUGAAUACUUCUCUAGGAUGGAACUCUUUUUACGAGGGCUCACAUUACGAUGACUCAAACUUCAGCUUUGUUCGUGGUACAAAAUUGUCGAACCCAUUCCAUAAUGUCUCUAUUCCAGCUCCAUCUUUUGGUCACUAUGAAUGCGACGCCCCAGAGCUUUUGAUCAACUCUUCCUUGAACAACGUCAUUGAGUUUGCGAAGAACAAAAGCUUAGACUUUAAAUUCGCUAUCUUCACUGGUGACUUGGUUGACCACGAUGAAUAUACCUAUACUGACUACGAAAUGACUGUUAAAUCUGAGCAAUAUAUCAUGAGAGAUAUGAAGUCGCGUCUUGGUGAUCUUCCGGUUUUCCCAGUUCUGGGCAAUCAUGACACUUUCCCAUAUGGUGAGCUGGCUCAAGAAGGAUAUGGCUUCUCUAACAAGUUUCAGUGGAAUGCCGAUAUGCUCGCUGAAAUUUACCAAGAUUACGGUUGGUUGGACGGAAAGCAAGCACAGUAUGCUAGACACCAUUACACUGGCUUUUCCGUCACUACGAAAGAGGAUCUGAAAAUUAUCUCCUUAAAUUCCAAUGCUUUCUACAAAAAGAAUCAUUACUGUUACUGGAAUGCCACGGAUCCAGACUCUUUUGGUCAAUGGAAGUUCUUGAUCGAUGAGUUGGUGGAAAGUGAGAAACACGAUCAGAGGGUCUGGAUAAUCACGCACAUUCCACCAAUCAGUGACUCCUUGCCGCUUCCUUCUAAGAUAUUUGGUGAGAUUGUCGAAAGGUUCAGUCCUUCCACCAUUGCCGGUAUCUUCUUCGGUCACACUCACUUGGAUCAAUUCAAUUUGCUGUAUGCAAAGGACUCCAAAUCCAUCGAUAACGUUAUCAACAUGGCGUGGAUCGGCCAGGCCGUUACCCCUUGGGUCGAAAACAAUCCCUCGUGGAGAUACUAUGAAGUUGAUUCUAAGACCUUCUCCAUUAUGAAUUCUUACAACUAUUACUCAAAAUUAAACGAAACCUUUGCUAAUGAUGGUAAAGAACCUGAAUGGUUGUUUGAAUAUUCUGCAAGAGACGUCUAUAAUGUCAGCUGGCCUUCCACUGCCCCACUUAAUGCUACUUAUUGGCAUUUGGUUGCUGAGAAGAUCAAGUCCGACGUUAGCUACAGACAACUAUACGAAAACUUGGCGAAGAGGUGGUCGCCAUACGUUCCGGACUGUUCUAAAGGCAAGAACUGUCAAACAGACUACUGUUUCUUGUCAACUUUCAUCGUUGACGAUUAUGAUAAAUGUGUCGCUCCUCUCAACAAAUGA